UACGCAUAAACCAUGACCAUCGACAUCACCCCCAUCGGCAUCGACCCCAACUGGUGGCGCCAGGCGCUCGUCUACCAGAUCUACCCGCGCUCGUUCGCCGACGCCAACGGCGACGGCGUCGGAGACCUCGUCGGCAUCACUGAGAAGCUCCCCUACCUCAAGGAGCUUGGCGUGGACGCCAUCUGGCUCUCGCCCUUCUACCCCUCUGCGCUCAAGGACGGUGGCUACGAUGUCGCCGACUACCGCGACGUCGACCCCCGCAUCGGCACCAUUGCGCAGUUUGACACGAUGACCGCCGCUGCCAAGGAGGCCGGCAUCAAGAUCAUUGUCGACAUUGUGCCCAACCACUCGUCCGACGACCACGUCUGGUUCCAGGCUGCGCUCAAGGCCGGCAAGGGUUCGCCCGAGCGCGAGCGCUACAUCUUCCGCGACGGCCUCGGCCCCAACAAGGACCAGCCGCCCACCGACUGGGAGACCUUCUUUGGCGGCUCGGCAUGGGACCCCGUCGGCGACGGCCAGUGGUACCUCCACCUGUUUGACACGUCGCAGCCCGACUUCAACUGGGACCACCCCGAGGUGCGCGAGGACUUCCUCAAGACGCUCCGCUUCUGGGGCGACCACGGCGUCGCUGGCUUCCGUAUCGACGUCGCCAACGCCUGCACCAAGGACCUCUCGGGCGACCUCCCCAACUGGAAGGAGGUGACCGCCCUCUCGGAGCAGAUGGUCGCGGGCACGCUCCCCGAGGACACGCACCCCUUCCUCGACCGCAACUCGGUCUUUGACGUCUACCGCGAGUGGCGCAAGGUGUUCAACGAGUACAACCCUCCCCUCACUGCUGUCGCCGAGGCGUGGGUCGCCCCCCACCGCAAGCACCUCUACGCCGCCAAGGACGGCCUCGGCCAGGCCUUCUCGUUCGACAUGCUCAUGUCCGACUACGACCCCGUGUCGUUCAAGAAGAUCAUCACCGAGUCGCUCGAGCACGCCACAGCCUCGGGCUCGUCCACCACCUGGGUCUUCUCCAACCACGACGUCAUCCGCCACGCUACCCGCCACGCGCUCGACAUCAAGCCCGACAACUACCGCGAGGCUACGCGCAAGUACCUGCUUGCGCGCGGCCAGGACCCCAAGGUCGACGUCGAGCUCGGUCUGCGCCGCGCCAACGCCGCGACACAGCUCAUCCUCGCCCUCCCCGGUAGCACGUACAUCUACCAGGGCGAGGAGCUCGGCCUGCCCGAGGACGUGUCGAUCCCCGACGAGGAGCGCCAGGACCCCACCUUCUUCCGCUCGCCCGGACGCGACGUCGGCCGUGACGGCUGCCGUAUCUGCAUCCCGUGGGUCGCCGACGCGCCCAACAUGGGCUUCGGCCCCGGCGCCGCCCCGCACCUCAAGCAGCCCGAGGUGUACAAGCAGUACGCUGUCGACGUCGAGGACAAGGACCCCAAGAGCACGCUCAACUUCUACCGCAAGGCCAUCAACCUCCGCCGCGAGCUCCAGGGCGCCGAGGAGCUCGUCUGGAAGAGCGACACCCCCGACGUCAUCCACUUUGAGCGUCCCGGCGGCUGGCAGAGCAUCACCAACUUUGGCAAGGAGGCUAUCGCGCUUCCCGAGGGCAAGGUGGUCGUGACCUCGGGCGAGCUCGUCGACGGCAAGCUGCCCCAGGACACGACCGCUUGGGUCGUGCCGGCUUAGACGGCGGCGCGGCGGCAGUGGCGCGGCAGAUGACUUGUAACAAGCAGCUGUACGAUACACUAGAAGUAAUAUGCUAGAUCGACGUUGGUAGAGAG